CCUCAAAUACAUCCAUCCAGCCGUAUUUUUAACGCGUUCACGCGUCUUCCUUGUCUCCUUCCCCUGUCUUUCUUUUUUGUGGACAUCCACUAUAUAUUCCCUUUCUUUUUCAUCUCCCUCUUUUUUCUCUUAGCAGAUGCAGAACAUAUUUUUCUUUUCCUUUCUUAAAUUUCCUCUGCAUCUGCCAUUCUUUUUUCUCUAAUUUCUUCCAUUUUUAUUUUUUUUUACAAAUAAUUGAUCAUCCAUUGAAUUUCUUACAUUAAAAUACAAAAAAAUUAAGAACAAUGCCUUCUCAAUUAGAGGAUGAAUUAUUCCCUUCAACACCUGGGAAAUUCAAGGUAGAUCAAAGAGGUGCACAUUUCUACAUGAAUCGUCAAAUCCACCGUUGUUUCGCCUCAACAAGUACGAUGUUCUUGUGGGCUCUCUUUCUAAUCGCUUUAACGGCGUCGUAUUUGAGUUUCCAGAGUUUUGUCGAUACCGGAAGCAAAUACUUGACCGCUUCUUGGGGUGGUAUUCAAUGGGAAAAGGAUGUACGGACUUCUGCCCAGAUCCACCGAUCUGGAGGGAUGUCUGUCCUUGUUACCGGCGCUGCCGGUUUUGUUGGGUCCCACGUCUCCCUUGCUCUCAAAAAGCGAGGCGAUGGUGUUGUGGGGCUUGACAAUUUCAACAACUAUUAUGAUCCGUCAUUGAAACGGGCGCGCAAAAACCUUCUGCAAUCUCAUGGCAUUUUCGUUGUUGAAGGAGACAUCAAUGAUUACAGGAUAGUGUCGAAACUCUUCGAUACCGUCGCUUUUACCCACGUUAUGCAUUUAGCGGCACAAGCAGGUGUACGGUACGCCAUUGAAAACCCGAUGUCAUAUGUUCAUAGCAAUAUCGCCGGUUUAGUCAACUUGCUUGAAGUCUGUAAAUCAGCUAACCCACAACCCAGCAUUGUUUGGGCUUCAUCAAGUUCAGUCUACGGGCUUAACGAGAAAAGCCCGUUUUCUGAACUUGACCGGACUGAUCAACCCGCUUCCCUCUACGCCGCCACAAAAAAAGCCGGUGAGGAGAUCACUCAUACAUACAAUCACAUCUAUGGGCUUUCCAUUACCGGGCUUCGAUUCUUCACAGUUUACGGCCCAUGGGGUAGACCCGACAUGGCGUACUUCUCUUUUACCAGAAACAUUCUUCAAGGAAAACCCAUUACCAUAUACAGAGGGAAGAACAAGGUUGAUUUAGCAAGGGAUUUUACGUACAUAGACGACGUCGUAAAAGGGUGUUUAGGUUCACUGGAUACCUCAGGGAAGAGUACCGGCAGCGGCGGUAAAAAGCGUGGGCCCGCACCGUACAGAAUAUACAAUCUGGGAAAUACUCAACCGGUGACGGUACCGACACUUGUCGGUAUCCUGGAAAAGCAUCUGAAAGUGAAGGCUAAAAAGAAUGUGGUAGAGAUGCCCGGAAACGGCGACGUUCCGUUCACUCAUGCGAAUAUAAGUUUGGCCCGACGAGAUUUCGGGUAUAAACCGACAACCGAUUUGCAAACCGGGUUGAAAAAGUUUGUUAGGUGGUAUUUAUCCUAUUACGGUUACAAUAACGGCAAGAAUGUAAAUUAAUUUUAUUUUUUUAGUAAAUUUUUGGUCGAUUACAGAAUUUUUUUCCUGGUUUAUGAAAUUGUUGUAUUAUUUCAAUUUUCUCUCCAUUUUUAGGGGUGGAAAUUAUUAAUUCUGUUUUCCUAAAGGGAAUAUUAAGGAUCCAGGAAAAAAAAAAAGUUGAUUAAUUAGUAUUUUUAUUUUCUUUCGGUGAUUUAAAAUUGUAAAGAAAAAUAAUGAAAUUAGGUGUCCUUACCCA